AUAGAAAGACAGAGCAGGGGGAGAGAGUGAGUUGCUUUGCUCCAGUGGUGAAGAUCUGAAUCCCAGUUCCGAGCUCUCGGCAAAGGCUUGCCGGGAUACCUCAUUCCCUGUCCUGUGCAAAGACCAUGUCCACUGGGUCCCUCAGUGAUGUGGAAGAUCUGCAGGAGGUGGAGAUGCUGGAGUGCGAUGGCCUGAAAAUGGAUACUAACAAAGAGUUUGGGGCGUCCAACGAGAGCAACGAGGAGGGAUCCAAUGGCGAGAAUGGCUCCCCUCAGAAGGGGAGAGGGGCCUCGGGAAAGAGGAAAAAAGCUCCCCCCAAGAAGAGCCCUUUAAAUGGAGUGAGCCAGGAGGGAAAGCAGGUCCAGAGAAACGCUGCCAACGCCAGGGAGAGGGCAAGAAUGAGGGUCCUUAGCAAAGCCUUCUCAAGGCUUAAGACCACACUGCCCUGGGUGCCCCCAGACACCAAGCUUUCCAAACUGGACACCUUGAGGUUGGCCUCCAGCUACAUCGCUCACCUGAGGCAGAUCCUGGCCAAUGACAAGUAUGAAAACGGCUACAUCCACCCAGUCAACCUGACUUGGCCUUUUAUGGUAGCCGGCAAACCCGAGAGUGACCUGAAAGAAGUGGUGAACACAAACCGUUUGUGCGGCCCGACGGCAUCCUGAGCCCCGGCGGCCGGGCCAGCAGCGUCCCGGCGCAGCCGGGGAGCGGGCGGCGAAGCGGGCAGGGACAUGCCGCGGCCCCGCCGCUGCCCCGGGCCCCCGGCAGAGCGACGGGCAGAGCCGCUCUCCGGGAGCAGAGGAGACCAAAUGAGCCCUAGCAAAGACUCCACCCCGAGAGAUCCCGACUCUAUUUAACUUUAUUAAAUGCGUGUACAGUCGAGUGUCCUGCAACAAGAGCCUUGCUGGUUCAAGAGCUACUAGAGGAAAGACAGAGAUCAAACAAAACCUACCACGUGUGUAUCUUUUGUCUGAGACCUGUGAAAUAUGUAGAUGCCUAGAAAAACUGACUUUGACAGUCAUCUCUAUGAAGUAAUUCACCCUAAAGAUAUAUAGAUAUAUUUUCUUCAAGCAGGUUUUGCUCUAUUUCUGUGAAUAAACCUUCCUUUCCACUGA